UUCUUCUUCUUUUUGUUUAAGAAUCGGAGAGAUGCCGAGGAAUGUGAGGCGGGAGAUUGGAAGUGAGAUGGGGGAGUCGAGGGUCGGGAAAGGCAAAGAGGGGAACAGAAAUACAACGGAGGGUGUUCAGGAGCAGGAUGAGGCUGAAAGAAGAGUCCUUCGAUCCCAACUUCAGGCUGUGAAGAGCCGUGUUCAAGAUGGAAGAGAAGAACUUUCUCGAGCGAAUACUUCUGAAGUCAAAAAGGUCCUCGGUACACUAGAUAGCUUGCAACACAAAGUUCAGAAGCCCAGAGAACAGGUUGCAGAUGUAGAGACUCUAUUGGAAAUUGUCAACACUGUGGUAAUCUCUGUUAAAGCACAAGGAAAUGAGGGAGUAACUCCUUCUGAUUUCGUAACCUCUCUUCUGAGAGACUUUGGGCAAGGUGGUGGGGGGGCUACUCAUGAUAAUUAUCGGAAUUCAAUGGCUUGGAGUGAUAUUGGCAAGACUGUUGGUCAUGUUUUUGGGAGGAUCCCUGGAUGCUGCACAAUGCUUGGGCCUAUGGAUACAGAAUUAAAGCAAAAGCAACGGAAGGUUCCAGUUUCACGUAAACGUGUGAGGCCAACUGAACAUGCUCGUCCUGAAGAGCUUGAUAACACUGCUGAGGAAAAAACUGACACUGAUAAGAACGUUAUAGCUAUCUUCGAUAUCCUGAAGAAGAAGAAGAAGGUCAAGCUUGAAAAUCUGGUCUUGAACAGGAACUCUUUUGCACAGACAGUCGAGAACAUAUUUGCUCUAUCUUUUCUUGUUAAGGAUGGACGGGUUGAGAUAAAAGUGGAUGAAAAUGGAUGCCAUUUAGUUUCUCCAAAGAAUUCUCCUAGAGCUGAGCUAAUAGCCUCUAAGGAUGUUUCUUAUAGCCACUUCAUCUUCAAAUUUGACUUCAAGGAUUGGAAGUUGAUGAAGGAAAUGGUGGAAGUUGGGGAGGAAUUGAUGCCUGAUAGGAAUCCAUUGAAUGUAUCUGGUGAUUCCGAAGAGGAGUAUGCAGGCCAAAGAUCUCAAGCUACGGCACCUAGUACUCCGAUCAGGAAGCUUUCUAGGAACCGGGGCCUAGUCAUUCAGGAGCAAUCUGUUGCAGAAGAUACUCCGGAAAGGGAAGAUGCUGCAGCAGAUGCUAUUGCCGUCCGAAAAGGGAAGAGAAAGAUGUGAUGAGAUGGAUGUAUAGAAUACUUUAGCUUUUAUUGCUAUUGAUUUUCUAUUAGUAGCAUGAUGUGAAUUGUUUAAACUAUAGAUCUAGUUCUGUAUAUAGAUGGAUAGGCCUAAGGAUUUUAUGGAGGUGGAGCCUUUUUUGACUCUUCUAAUUGCAGGUUCAGUGAAGUUUCCACCUCUGCCUA